UAUAAUCGAUAUCUUCCCCUCUCUCCGCUGCUCUGCAGGAAGGUGUUGUCUGCCCCCAACUUGCUGCGUGUAGGAACAGCAGAAAAUAUCUUUGUUGAGUGUCAAGACUGCUCUGGAGCAGACAUCAAUGUGAACAUCAACGUGAUGAACCAUCCAACCAAAACCAAAAAGCUGGCAACCAUAUCUGUGACACUUAACAAUGAAAAUCAAUUUCAGCAGCUUGGGAAAAUAACGAUCCCUGCUGGAGACUUCAGUAAGGAUGCCAGCAUGAAGCAGUAUGUGUACCUGCAAGCUGAGUUUCCUGACCGACUGCUGGAGAAAGUGGUCUUAGUGUCCUUUCAGUCCGGGUACAUCUUCAUACAGACUGAUAAGACCCUCUACACCCCCAACAGCAAAGUUCAUUACAGGAUGUUUGCAGUGACGCCUCGUAUGGAGCCAGUAGAGAGGAAUGCUGACAUCCAAACUGAUGCUUCUAUUUCCAUCGAGAUUGUGACCCCUGAAAACAUCAUUUUACCACUUGAUCCAGUAUCUUUGGAAGCAGGGAUGCACUCUGGAGAUUUCCAACUUGCUGAAAUUGUCAGUCCUGGACUGUGGAAGGUGGUGACAAAGUUCCAAAGCAACCCACAGCAGAGCUAUUCUGCAGAGUUCGAGGUCAAAGAAUACGUGCUGCCCAGUUUUGAGGUCAAACUGACACCUAGGAGUUCCUUCUUCUACGUGGACAGUGAAGAGCUCACCGUCAACAUCAGAGCUGUGUAUGUGAAGGUUUUUGUUUUGUGGCUUGAGAGACCAGGUUUGACUGGUAGAUUGAUACAGGAGGACAAAUAAAGGGAGUUAUUAAGAGGUUGUG